GGUAGGUGGAGUUUCUCUUCUCUCCUGUCCCCAGACCUGAGUUGGGUCACAGCGGUUGGGUGUUGCCACUCUCCGGUCUCCCUGCUGGUAACUCCAACAGCCCUGGUUCCCUUCCCCAAACUAAACCACACAACAUUAAACCAAAUCCGAAGUGAGAGAUCGUCCCCAGUCAUUGAAACACUGCAAUGGAUCAGCACAAAUAUCGCACGGCGGGUGUCCCGGAGAAGCUGGAGAUCAUCGGGGUGGAGGACGAAGCUGGGAACCCCAUCAGUGCCCUGACCAUCCUGUCUCUGCUGGAACGCGUGGCUGGCAUCAUCGACAACGUCCAGUCCGGCCAGCAGCGCAUGGAGGAGCGUCAGCUGGAGCUGGAAAACAACAUCAAAACCAUCCAGGGCGAUGUCCUGAAACUGGCCAAGGACCACACCGACACCAGCGGCACGGUGGAGAAGCUCCUGCAGAAAACCCGCAAGGUCAGCGCCAACGUCAAGGAGGUCCGGACACGUGUUGAGAAGCAAAACGUCCGCGUCAAGAAGGUUGAAACCACGCAGGAUGAGCUGCUCACCAGAAACAAGUUCCGCGUUGUCAUCUAUCAGGGCGAUACAGAGAUCCCAUCAGUGGCCGUCACCAAGUCUCCCAAAGGAACCGGCCUGGAUGGGCUUGAGAUCGAGCCUGACUCCUACGACGUCCCUGUCGACCUUUCCUCCGAUGAGGAGUACCUGAGUGUGGAAGAGGCCGACCCCUCCCGGGCUGCCCGCAUCAAGAAAUCAGUCGCGAAGAGUACAGAGACCCUGAAGGCGGCUUUCUCCAAGGAGAAGAUGAACAAAACCAAAGACAACCUGGGCACCAAGUUCCACAACCUGGGCGAGAAGGUCAUGCCUGCCGAGCGGAGAGACAAGAUGCACCAAGCCGGCGAGCGACUGAAGCAGUCUGGCGAGCGGCUGAAGGAGAACAUCGCCAAGAAGGCUCCAACCAAAGAGACCUUCCGCAUCAAGCUGAAGAAGGAGAGAGCAGUCGCUGAGGGCCAGGAGGGCGCUGAGGCAGAGACUGCGGAGCCAGCAGUGCUCCCUGGGGUCACCUACACAGAGGUCGCCAUGGAAACCAAAAGGGAGGGGCCUGUGGAGGAGGCCGGCGCCACCCGGAUAGGAGAAGAGGAUUACACGAAGUAGAUCAGACGUCAGAUCAGACAACGACGAGGAGGGGGGACACUGGAGAAAGAUCAUAAUGCCCAGGAUUUAAAAAGAAGGUCUGUGAUUGGUCGUCAUCGAUGAUGGAUAUCUUUAUCCGCCAGAAUGUGUUAAAACAGAAGUUCUUGAGAUGGGAAUCGGUAUUGACACCAGAAACUCAUCAGAACUGGUUAUUUAUUAAAUCUACUGUAUUUCAGAGUGUCAAGUCAAGUUACUCUAUCAGAUGUUAUCUAUUUUUAACAAUUAAUUUAAACAACUUGACGUGAAUAUGAGAAUUUCUAUUUUGAAUGCACUACGAAAAAUUCAGGUUUAGGAUUUUGUUUCUUAUUUGUGAGUCCAAACUGAGGUUGAGGUUUAUUUGCACAGAGAUAGUAGAAAGGAAAGAAUGAAGGAAAGAAGGUAAAUGGUUGCUAAAACUUUGAAAGUGAUGAUGAAUGGUGAUCAGAAGUUCAUAUGUUGAUCUUUUAUCUGGAUGUACAUAUGAUGUUGUACAUACUGCCUAAACUGGAGAGGUGAAAUUUGGUCUGUGCAGGACUCAGCUGGUCUCUGAGAUACCUGGAGAGAAAAUAGAACAAAAUGUAUCCACUGUCAGACUGGUUUCUGUAUGCAAAAUAGUAGAAAGGAGAUUAAGUAAACUUUGCGGUGCUUAAAAGCAGCCUCAGUGAAUGCUUAGAUAGACAUUAAAGCUGCACCGGGCAAAAAUAUUUAAGUGUUGGGAUUUCAUUACCCAGAAAUGAGGCAACACAUGUGAUGAUCCAUGCUGCUUUCAUUUCAUGUGGUACAAAAACUAGAUGAGAAGUUAUCUGGAGUUGGCAGUACGAUGGGCAGAGAGUUGCUCAUGGAGCGAUAAAAUAUGGUUUACAGUUACCAUAGUAGCAUUAAAUUAUAGUAAAGUGAUAGGGCUAAAUUGCCAUUUAGUUUCACUCCAUUCAAUCAGCCUCACAUUGUGUUCAUGAUAGCUGAUGAAUGGUUGUAAAGAUUUGAGUGGAUAGCUAGGCAAUCUUAUUUGUAUAGCGCCUUCCAACAACAAGGCAAUUUAAAGUGCUUUUCAUAAGAUAUAAAGGCAUUAAGAUGAGAUAUAAUAUAAAAGACAUAUAAAUAGGUUUUUAAAUGAGUGAAAUAAAAUAGAAGGAAUAAGUUAGAGUGGAAUAAAACAGGAGAGUAACAGUUACAACGCAGCAACAGGAUAUGAAUACUAUAAGGGCUGUAUGAUGCUUACAGUGUUUUCAUUGUUCUCCAACUGGUCAGUGAAUGUUACACCAGAGCUAUUUGAAUCAGUGAAUUGACCCGUCCUGUGUCCCGCCUUUAGUAUUUGGCUAACAUUAUCUAUUAAAUGUAACUAGCAAGCUAACAAUUGUUGUAGAUUAGAUAGCUAGUUAUAUAGUGUUUUGCUAACAGCUAAUUUAAGAUGUGAAUUAUUUUGCUUUUAUGUUUUAAACACCUUCAAAAUGAGGUUGUCUUUGUUAUUGGAGCAACAAAUGGGCUACCUUACAGCACGGCUUUGUUCAAUUGUUUGUUGAAUUCAUAAAACAAGUAAACAAGUGUCUCUUAACCGCUGGAACUCUUUAAAUUUCCCCUUAAAGGUCCAGUGUGUAACAUUUUGGAGGAUCUAUUGGCAGAAAAUUAAUAUAAUAUUCAUAGGUAUGUUUUCAUUAGUGUAUAAUCACUUGGAAAUAGGAAUAAUUUUGUUUUUGUUACCAGUUUUACAAUUAAGCUGCAUUAUUUUUCCACUGAGUGAAAUAGUGAAAGUGUUUUUUUAAUAGAUGCACUGGUCCACCAAAUGGAAAUAUUCAACACUUUUCCCCAAAAUUCAGCAUGACAGAUUUGGAAACUUUGGAAUUAUAGUUAUCUGAAUAAUAUAAAAAAGUUAAGUUUGACUUUAGAAAACAAAACAUUAAUUUGAUAAAAUCUUUACUCAGUGCAUCUUUCAUAGCAACACAGUCACUUGUAAGUAUUUGUGACGCAAAGCUUAUGUUGAUUGUCAUAUUUUAGACAUUAGACUGCAGUUACUCUUCUGAAAGUGAAUGUAGUGGAUUUAAGGUCGUCUGAGACAUGGUGUUUGGCGGCUUCAAAGCUUUUUUGAGCACUGCUGAAUUUUGCCGUAUGAAUGUUUUAAUUUUUUUUUUUUUUCAAUUUUGCUGCUUGAUAUUCAUAGUUUCUUUUGAAGUUCAGUGAGCAUACUGACUUUAUUCUCCAGGAGUGAUUAGUGAGGUCACAGCUUUUAUCGGGAUGAUAGGAUUUUCAGUCAUCAGAUACUUUUUAUGUAGCUCGGCUUAUAGUGCUGUCAUUAUAUAUCAGUACACUGUCUUAUUCUGAAAAAUACACUUUCUGUAUAGCUUUUAACUUACUACUGUAUUUAUGUUCCUGCUGAGUCAAACUGUGUUGGUGGGGAUUUUAAUGCAGUAGAUUGAUAGUAUUUGAUUAUAUGGUUUGAAGGUUUCAUCUCUUGCAUAUAUUACCAUUUUUUCAUUCUUGAUUACAGCUCUGUUUCCAUGUUGCAUUUUUGUUCAUUUUUACAAUUAUCUCAAUCCAGUUUUAAUGCUUUACAAUGAAAAACAGCUGAUUGAGGACCUGUGUUGUUGUUGUUUUGGCCUGUACUGUACAAGCAGCACCAGACAUUAAUCAUUUUGUUUUGUUUUUGUAUAAAUAAAGUUCUCAUGAAACCUG